AAUUGUUGUAAACAUUGAAAUCAUUGCACGCUCCGGCAGCGCAAAGCACGGAUUAGUGAAUUGGUUCAAAAGUUAUCGUGUUUUUUGGCCUAAAAGUGUAACUAUUUCGUAUAAACGAUUUCCUCAACAAGUAAGGAAAACAAUACACACCAAGAACAAUCAUGGCUUUGCGUGCCGAGUUUGAGAAUAAUGACGAUAUUGGUGUGUUCAGUAAACUUACCAACUCAUACUGCCUGGUUGCAAUCGGUGGUUCAGAGGCGUUCUACAGUGUGUUCGAGUCGGAGCUCGCAGACGUUAUUCCAGUGGUACACACCAGUAUAGCCGGAUGUAGAAUAAUCGGUCGGCUUUCGGUCGGAAACAAGAAUGGACUGAUCGUUCCCAACAGCACGACCGAUGUGGAACUGCAACACUUGCGCAAUUCUCUACCGGACGCCGUCAAAAUACAUCGCGUCGAGGAAAGGCUGUCGGCGCUCGGGAAUGUGAUUGCUUGCAAUGACUAUGUGGCGCUGGUACAUCCCGACAUCGACCGCGAGACGGAAGAAAUCAUUGUCGAUACGCUGGGCGUCGAAGUGUACCGGCAGACGGUGGCGAACAACGUGCUCGUCGGGGCGUACUCCGUGCUAAGCAAUCAAGGUGGACUGGUGCAUCCGAAAACGCCCAGCCAGGAUUUGGACGAGUUGGCCUCGCUGCUACAGAUUCCACUGGUAGCCGGCACGGUGAACCGUGGUUGUGAGGUGCUUGCCGCCGGUAUGGUAGUGAACGAUUGGUGUGCGUUCUGUGGUACGAGCACGACCUCCACCGAACUGUCAGUGGUGGAAAGCGUAUUCAAGUUGAACGAAGCACAGCCAUCCAAUGUCACCAGUAACCUCCGAGCAUCCCUCAUCGAAGCCAUGUCGUAAAACCUCAGCGGCUGGAUUUUUGUUAGGCAGAAAACGGCGAAAACGGUUUGUUAAACGUGAGUGUACAAGGGACUUUGUGCUCGUAACUGGGAAGGCAAAAACAUUCUAACGAUGAACGUAACUGGGUGUAAAGGAUUGUACAAACCCAUCUAACACAAAUGGGCGUGGUGUGUGUAUGGUUCUGAGAUACAAUAUAACUGUGUAUUGUUAAUGUCACAACAAUUGUCCCGUAAAUGCUCAAAUUAUUUGCUACCCUUACCUUACUUCCAUAAUUCAGCCCUUUCGGAUACUACAAGAGAAGUACUGUGGGAUUUGGAAAAAAAAACCCAAUCGCUUAUAUGUAUAUUCUUUUAUUUUGAAAAUCUUUUUCUUUAUAUAUAUACCGAACAAUUAGUUAUAUGAAAAUACAUCUGAUACGUGUGACUCAACUUCAAAA